GCUAGCUUGAUGCAGGCUCCCCGCUGUCCGAGCUGUCAGCCACGUCACCUCCUCUGGAACAACUUUCCCCCCAGACCUUUGCAGACUCACUUUAUCAGUGGAUUCAGCUGACAUUGUUAUCUGUUUAUCUUUCAAGAUAAAGAGCCAACAAGCUACCGAGCAGACCUUGACUUCACUGUGUAGCUGUUAGCUUAGCUUUUUUCCUUUUUAUCCACUGGACUCGCGGUUCUGAUUUUUGUGGCUUCACAUCUCCGCAGGACGUGUUUAGGCCUUCAAAGAGUUGCAUUAAAGUUUUUUUUUUUUUAUCGAAACGGAUAGCAAACAUGAAUAUCUUUCGUUUGGCCGGUGACGUGUCACAUCUGUCGGCUAUAAUUAUCCUGCUGCUGAAGAUAUGGAGGUCCAAAUCCUGUGCUGGAAUCUCGGGGAAGUCCCAGGUGCUGUUUGCCCUUGUCUUCACCACCAGGUACCUGGACCUGUUCACUGUCUUCAUCUCUCCUUACAACACCGUCAUGAAGGUGGUGUUCCUCGCUCUGUCCUAUGCCACUGUGUACCUGAUCUACAUGCGCCUGAGGAGCACGUACGGCUCUGACAACGACACGUUCCGCAUUGAGUUCCUGCUCGUGCCGGUCAUCGGACUUUCCUUCCUGGAAAACUACGCUUUCACCCCAAUGGAGAUCCUGUGGACCUUCUCCAUCUUCCUGGAGUCGGUGGCCAUAAUGCCGCAGCUCUUCAUGAUCACCAAGACGGGCGAGGCGGAGUCCAUCACCACCCACUACCUGUUCUUCCUGGGCCUCUACCGGGCCCUCUACAUCGCCAACUGGGUGUGGCGCUACCACACGGAGGGCUUCUUCGACCAGAUCGCCGUGGUGUCCGGCGUCGUGCAGACCAUCUUCUACUGCGACUUCUUCUACCUUUACGUCACUAGGGUGCUUCGAGGAAGAGGAAAGAUGAGCCUGCCGAUGCCAAUUUAAAAACCAAAACAAACAAAAAGACGUCUGUGCCGCUCAGCCGACUCUCUGUGCCUGCUGCAGCUCAGCAUCCCACACACCUUGCCCUUCAACUGUACAUGUAUUUAGCAAAAGGACUAUUGUGUGCACCUCUAGAGUUUGAUAUCCUGUGUGAUUGGUACUUUGUGUGUGUGUGUGUGAGUCUGUGUGUUGUUGUGAGAAGUUUGUGAUUUUUUUCUUCUUGAGAUGCUGAAAAAUGUGUCACUGAUUUGAACAUGGAUCUUAAAGUGAGUAACGCUAUGGAAACUGUAUAUUUGUCUUUCCCUACUGUAUAAAGCUCAGAGAGACACUUUGUUAUAAUGUUUUAAACCAGAAAAUGGUGUCAUGGAUUUUCAUACAACCACAUUUUUACUGUUUCUUAAUUCAAGUUCAUCUUAUUUAUACAUCCCAAUAUUGAAAUCACGAAUUUGCCGUUAGGGGCUUUCCAAAGUGUACAUCUUCCACAAAGUGUCUUCCUUAGAGCUUACUGUAUUAUAUGCAAACCCCUUCUUUCUUUAUUCCUGUGUUUGUUUCCCUUUUGUAUUUCCUCUUAAAGGUCGUCUUUUGUAUUUCAAUGUGAUUCUUCAUGGGAGGAAAAAGGGCUAAAUGUUUCAUUUUGUCUUAAAUGAAGCCAAAGAUGGGACAGAUAAAUGCUGCAAUUGUUUAGUCCAGAACAUGUUUGUGUUUGUUUCUUUGAUGGGACUUAGAAAGUACUUUGUGUCAGGGAUAAAGAUAAGGGGGGGAAAUGUCAGCAGAGCGUGUUGAAUAUCUGUAAAAGAUUUACCUGUUUUUGAUAAAUGUUUUAGUCACAGUAAAUUGAUAUUAUCUUUAUUAUG